AUGACGAUUGUAGCCGGAAAGUUCAAACGAUGCACCCAUCAAAGCCAGCAGGCCUCUGGGCCGCAAGAGGAAGCGAGUUUCGGUGGCUUGUCGGCCAUGUCGGUCACGGAAAUCCCGGCUCCCGAGGCCAGGGAAGCUCCAGUUGAUACUAGAAAUGACCGAGCUACCGCUCUAGAGCAGCGCCUCCAAGCCAUUGAGCGCAGACUAGCAUCGCUAGAAGACACUCAAUCACCUUCCAGUAAUCCCAUAUCAGAAACGCUUAAAGAUGAACCACGCGGAUUGAGGCCACAAUCAAAGGCAAGAUGCAGAGAUUCCUGGAGUGGUGAGCAAGAGACGCCGCAAACUGCUCCUGUGCUCAGUAUGUCGAGGGUUUCUGAUCAAUCCGAUGGGGUCGAUGGGAUGGGCUCAGUUGCGCUUCGAGAUGGUGCCGAGGAAGAUGAAUAUUUCGGCAACUCAUCUAAUGUGGCUUUCUUACGUUCAAUCGUUCAAGCAACCGUCCAGUCAGCGGGACACGGGCCUAGAACAUUACCAGAGCCGGGAAAUACCAGCUCGGAAAGUGUUGGUAAUAAUGAUUCAAAUUCAUUCCUCAUGUGGCCGUUUCGCACGGAUCAAUCAGACAACUCCCGGAGUACCACGAUUGACCCGUUCGCACUUCCUCCCAGGGAUGCAGCAGAGGAGAUGCUUCAUUUAUACUUUAACACCGUUAAUCUGAUGAUCCCCUGUGUUCAUGAGGAUUCAUUUCGACAAACAUUAUCCCGAAUGAAAACCGAGGGACCUCAGGAAAUCAGAAGAUCAUGGCUCGGUGUUUUGAACAUGAUCUUUGCCAUCACCACGAAUGUGAUGACUCCGACUUCGCCUACACAGGAUCGAGCACAACAGUCAAAUACAUUUUAUGAGAGGGCCAUGGAACUGGUGAGUCCCGGGAUCCUGGGACGACCUUCAGUCGAAAUGGUACAAUUAUUCCUCCUGAUGGAGAUUUACCUCGAAGGCACCCCUGCCUCUUCACUAGCCUGGACGUUUCACAGCCUCGCUGUCAAGGGGUCCUAUCAAUUAGGCCUUCAUCUGUCGGGAUCCUCACGACUUUCAGAGGUCGAACGGGAAUACAGACGAAGAUUGUGGUAUUGGUGUAUAACGAAUGAUCGGUUAUUGAGCGUCGGUUAUGGCCGUCCUCCCUUAAUUCCAUUGUCCCACGUGAAAAUAGAACCCUGCGCUCGUCUCGCUUUUAGUAACGUAGCCGAUGAAGUCGUUGCUUCGGCCUCUACGUACUUUGACUCUAUGAUCUCCUUAACGCACAUUAUGGGUGACACGAUUGAUCGACUUUACGGGCAAAAUCUGGGGUCUAUUGCGCCGGCCUACACGAGCGAAACUCUCAGUCAGGUUUCUGACUUGCUAUCGCAACUAGACCAUUGGCAGGAACGGCUUCCACAGCAUCUAAAAGCAAUAAAUCCCUCCGAGGACUUGCUGGAAAACGCAUCAGCUAGUCUAGAAACUACACGACUGAGAGUACUACUCUCGCUUCGCUAUUUCGGGGCUAGAAUUCUUGCUCUACGAACAAUUUUGAUUCACUUCUUCCCUCCAUCUGGUAGGAAGAGCUCCAAUGAGCACCUAUCCGAAUGGCUACUCGACUCUAGCUUCCCACUCAUUGCGGAUCUUGUGCGAACAUGUCUUCAUAUCUUCCAACUAAGCAGCGAUCUUCUCGCAGCAUCAACAAAUAAUCAGAACCUGCUUGGUGCAUGGUGGUUUUCUUGUCACUAUAUUUUCAAUGCCUCUCUUGUCAUAUUGGGUGUUCUAUUCAUCAAGCAGAACCCUCUAUACUCUACCAGGCUUCCUUACUCCGAUGAUCUGCGCCCGUCUCUCGAUAAUGCCAUGUCAAUUCUCCGAGGCCUGGAUAGCGGCAACAGAACCAUCAUGCGGUGUCGAGACAUCCUCGCGAAAUUGAUCGCUAACAUCGAUGCUAGAGCGCAUGCCACCGAUCUAGCCUCUCCUGCAAAUUCAGGCUCGCCAUCUAGUGAAUGGGCAUGGCAACUCAUGGACGCAGACCUCUUUAAUUCCGAUGCUUCUUUGAACUUUGCCCCGGCCAUUCCCAAUGAUUCGGCUUUUUUCUUCCUCCCAACUGACUUCUAA